CCACCCCGGGGAAAAGUUAUGCCACUCCGGCAGUCACGUGAUCUGCAGGUGCCUUAAACAACCAUGUUUCACCGAUUCUACCAGUGGCCCACCCCAAACACCAACCCAGUGGACUUUCAAAACACCAACUUAAAACAACCGAUAUCCCAAUGCUACCCCUCACAAUAGAUGGUGCCGGUGCUGCCGGCGGUAGCUGCUCUGAUGUUUGAGGUUCAGGCUUGCAAGCUCAGUCUCCCCCGCCCUUCCUUCUCUUCUUUACCGCCCAUUACAUCUCUCCUCUUUGAACCACACUCCAAUUCUCUGGCUCUCAUGCACUCCGACUCCUCUUUUUCUCUCUACCCUUCUCUUUCUCCGUUCUCUCCCCCUUCUCCUCAAUCCCAAGCCCCAACCCUAACCCUAGUUCCUCCACCCUCCUCCUUCGCCACUUUCCUCCUCCUUCAAAACCCUAGACCUAACUCCGGUGCCCACAACCCUCGCGUCCUCUUUGUCGUUGCUGCUCCUCACCGCGCCGGCGCCGCAGUUAUCCUGCGCUUCUACGUCCUCCAGAAGACCCAAUUGUUCACCAAAGCUGAAGUUCUUUGCACUCAGAGGGAUCUUCAGUUUGACCCCAAAUUGGGCGUUUUAUUCAAUGCUAAUCAUGGGGUUUCGGUUAAGCUUGGUGGUUCGAUUAACAUUUUCGCAAUGUACUCCGUGUCGAAUUCUAAGAUUUGGGUAUUCUCCGUGAAAAUGGCGGGGGACGAUAGAGAUGAUGGAGUGGUUUUGAAGUUGAGGAAGUGUGCUGUGAUAGAUUGUGGUGUGCCGGUGUUCUCGAUUAGCGUUUCGGGUGAGUUCUUGAUUUUAGGGGAGGAAAAUGGGGUUAGGGUUUUUCAACUCAGGCCACUGGUGAAAGGGUGGAUUAGGAAAGAGCAGCGAGAGAGUAAGAACUUGAAUUUCCCUAAUGGAUGUGGCAGCAAAAGUGCUGGUGUAGAAGCAAAUAUGGAGAUAGCUUGUAAUGGGGACCUGGAAGGAAGGACUGAUUUGCAUCGUGUUUCUGUAAAGCGGAGGUCUGUGAGAUUCAGACAGGAUUCUAGUGAAGGGAGUGCAUGCUUUGUAGCAUUUAAGGGGAAAGAGGUUGGACACUUGAAAUCUAUGAUGCCACCAUUGAUUCCAGUAAAGGCAGUUUCCAUCCAGGCUUUGUCUGCAAAAAAAUUUCUGAUCUUGGACUCAGAUGGAGAUGUACACCUCUUAUGCCUUUCCAUCUAUCACCUUGGAUCAGAAAUUACCUGUCACAUGAGGCAGUUCACUAACACCAUGAAAGUACAAAAGCUGGCUGUUCUUCCUGAUACUUCCACAAGAGGGCGAACUGUUUGGAUAUCAGAUGGAUUCUACUCUGUGCACAUGAUGACAGUAUCCGACACAGACACUUCUGCUAAUGAAGAUGAUGAAAAUGACAGUGAGGAAAAGCUAAAACAGAUCUCAGUUACUCAAGCGAUAUUUGCUAGUGAAAGGAUUCAAGAUAUUAUUCCUCUAGCAGCAAAUGCUCUUUUGAUUCUUGGGCAAGGAAGUUUAUUUGCAUAUGCAAUUUCCUGAAGUUGCUUGCAUGGUAACUCUUUUGUAGCGGUCAUCUAUGUUCCAGGCCAGAUUAGAUGAUUUAUGACAGCUUGAGCAAGUUCCUGGAUCAGUGUACUGUUUAAUCGUUGGUUGUCAUGUGUUCUCUCUGAUGGCUAUGGUUCUGUUUGUCAUUCUGUCACUAAGUCAUGAGUUGCAGUUAUGCCAUAUCUCUAGUUAUGCUUAUGACCUGGAGAUGCUGAGCUCUUGAAGGCUCUUAGGACUCUCCAUGGGAACCCAAACCUCAGGGUGUUGACUGCCCCGCAGCAACUAGCACUAGGUAAAUUAAAGGUAUCAUCAAUGAUAGGAUUCUAACCCAAGACCAUGUGCCACUUACUGGGACCACACUUCCCAGUGUUCGUCUUGACCAACCAGACUACCCUGACAGGUUUGAGUCACUUUUUCCCUUUAUUUAAAAACUUUGAGAAUCUUCCUCCUAAAGUGUUCGGGUUUGUCUUUUUUAUUUAUAUUCAUGGCCAACACCAAACAAAACUCAAUCCUUGAGCUCUUAAGUGUGUUUUCCUUUGUUACUCACCUACACAAAAAGGGUACAAAUGCUAUCAUCCUCCUAUAAAAACCUUUAUUUCACCAUAGAGAUCAAUUUCAUUGAAAAUCAGUCAUAUUUCUCACACUCAUCUUCAGUGGGGAGAUAUGCUUUGCCUUUAUUAAUAAAGUCUCUACCAUAUCCAGAUUUUGAUUUUUCUUCCUAGUCUCUCAUUGCAUUUAAGUCAUCACCCAUGUAAGAAUCUCUCGUUUCAUCUUCCAUUUUGGAAAUUGAACUUGAGUUUAUUGUUCCAAAGGUGGACUUUCCAUCUAAAGACCAAGAUAAGCCAUCUCUAAUCAAGGUCCAUUCAAAGGGAAAAAGGCCUAUCAUGGACCUGAUGAGUGCUCGACCAUUGGAGCAAAAACUAGGUCAUGUGAAUUCUACUUCAGUUUACUCAGAUGCUUCCAAUGAUGACUUGUAAAAGAACAUGUACUCAAUACCCCAUAUCCAAUUUUGCAUCAAAUUAUAAAUUCUCUCCUAGUUUUAAUUCUUUUGUCCAUCAAUUGUUCACCAUAGAAGCUCUUAAAAGCAUCAAAGAAGCUCAUUGUAAUCUGAAUUGAAAAGACAUGGGAUUAGAAUUUUAAUUUC